AUGGCGGGCCGGCCGGGCGGGGGCGGCCGGGCCACAACAAGGGCCGCCGGGGCCGCCCGCGCCUGCGCGCUGCGCGCUGCGCCGGGGCAGCCGCCCCCUCCGACUGCCUCGGUGCCUCCCAGUGAUGCUGGGAUGCUUCCCGGGGAUCCAGGCGGGCUGGGCGUUGGGAUCUCCGUCCCAGCCAUGCUCCUGGGCAGCCCAGAGGCGGGUGGCCCCCGGUGCAGGCGGUGCCGUGGGGCAGGAAGCAGCGUGCUGCGGAAGCCGGCAGCCCUGGUGGAAGCUGUUCGCACGCGUCCCCAGUCAGCAGCCCCCAUGGCGGCUCCUGGCACCUUCCUCGUGCCUCUCCUCCUCCUCCUCCUCCUGUGUGGGCCGGGUGCCUACCCUGCUGCUGCCGACAGCCAGCCAGGAGUGGAGUGCGUCCUCUUCAAUGAGGAGUACAUGAACUGCACGUGGGGGAACAAAGAGAUGCCCACAGUCAACUACUCCCUCUUCUACUGGUACAAGAACACGUCUGACAAGGAGGUGGAGUGCAAGCACUACCUGCAGCACCAGGGUGUCAGGGUCGGCUGCCACUUCAAGCAGAACGAGCUCAUCCAGUUCCAGCCUUUCCAUGUUCUCAUCAAUGCCAGCGUUGGUGGCAAGACCCUGGAGAUCCCCAGCAAGCGCAUGGAGCUGCAGGACCUGGUGAAACCAGAGGCACCUGUCAACCUGACCAUCCGCAACAUGAGCAACAAUCAGCUGCAGCUGACCUGGGCCUCCCCGUACCCCAGAAACAAGUGCCUGGAGCACGCUGUCAAGUACAAGAGCAACAAGGACACCAGCUGGAUGGAGCUCUCAGUGAAUGGAGAUGUCUUCUCCUUACCCAGCGUGGACUAUGAGAAGUCCUACACCUUCUACGUGCGCAGCAAGAUCAACAAAUUCUGUGGCAGAACCCAGUUCUGGAGUGAGUGGAGCGUUCCUGUCAUCUGGGGCAGCAACUCCACCAGCAAGGGCACGGUGGAGGAACAGCUGUACUGGUUUGGGAUCCGCACGGUCUUGGUCCCCAUUGCCUCCUGCCUGCUGCUGCUGGUCCUUGUCAUCCUGCUGGUGCGCAUGGAAAGGGUAUGGGUCAUCCUGAUGCCCCGAAUUCCCAACCCCAGCAAGAAUUUUGAUGAGCUGUUCAUCACCCACAAUGGCAAUUUCCAGGAAUGGACUGGAGUCCCCAAAGAUGUUGUGGAGAGCUUCAAGCCCAACUACAGCGAGAACAUCUGCUAUGUGACUGAGCUGCCACCCAAGGACAGCCACGAGCCCCUCUGGGACAGCAGCAACCAUGCACCACCUCCAAUGCCUGGGCACCCAGCCGCCCCCAGUGAGCACAGCCCCUCCCAGAACAGCUGUGGGAGAGUGUGACACACUCCUGCACCCCUGCAUGCCCUAUUCUCCACGGCUUUGCUGCCCAAACCUUACUGCUCCUCAGGCCCUGCUCCUGCCACGCCCCUGCCAAAUGCCCUGAAUCCCUGGUCUUGCUUCCUGCCAAGUGCCCUCUCUGCUCCGAGGUGCCCACAAGCACACCCAGGGAUGUGUCCUGGUCCGGGGGCAGCUGCAGCUGAGCAGGCAGGGGCCACUAGCCAACUGAUGGGGACACACAGGAUGAGGAAUCCCAGGGGGGCCAAGUGUGGAAAAAUAAGGAAAGACAGGCAAGAAAGAUUGUAAACAUCCUCAAGUGCCUUGCAGCUGUUGUAGGAAAAACACAUAUACCAUACUCAUCAUUGUUUAGCUUUGUGUAUUCAGUGAGUAGAACUUCUGUGUUUAGAUAACACAGGCCAGUGAUAGACUUAGUGGCACCUCAUGUAACAUGCUUGAGAUUCCUGGCCUGCUGUGGGAAAGAUCAAAUCACAGUGGUAAACCACAGCUGCACAAAUCCUUGAUAAACAGGCAAAAACAGCAGGUUCAGUGAUCCUCUAGGGUGGACCAAGAUCCACAGUGCCUGCAUCCCUGCUUAUGUGCCUCUGCCUGGGUGCUGCUUGGGGGGUCCUGCAGUUAGUGAGGUAAUGAAAAUAAAUUUGCUCUUUGCCUUUCA